AUCUGGCACCGCGUCUCAUCCGUCAACAUCCAAGAUGGCGGCGGCUGCAGCUCGGCCCAUGCCCAAACGUCAAGAAGGCUUCGAAAAAUGGAUUUGCCUUUAUCCUGCAUACAUCAAUAAAGACAAAUCAAGAGCUGAAGGAAGGAGAAUACCCAAGGAAAAGGCAGUGACAGCCCCAACCUUUAAGGAGAUAAUUGAUGUGUUGUCUGUGACUGGGUUGCAGGUGGCAGGGGAACGUAAGAUUUACUGCAGAGAAAAGAGCAAGGAACCUCCCUAUUGGGGUAGGAUCAGAGUACAGCUCAAGAGUCCAGAUGGAGACCCUAUUGACCCAAACUUCAAAACGCGUGAGGAUUUGAUGGUCCAUGUUGCAGAGAAGAUUCCUCAGCUAAAGAGUAGAACAAAUCCUAAACAAACUCAGGAAACGCAGCAGCAACCACAGCAAGGGAAGCAGGCCAAGGGCAAGAAGAGGAAAUAAGAGAUGAAUAUUUAUUAAGAAGAUUAGGAACUACAAUUUUCAUCUUUUGUUUUUUUUUAUUGUCAGAUUAUAUUAAAAGAAAAAUCAUA